GUCGGGCUGUGGGGCUUUGGCUCUGACACAUCGGAGCGGCGGGAGCGCGAGCGCGAGCGCGAUGGCGGCGGUGGCCGGAGCCGGGAGGGCGAGGGGGGCGAGCCUGGCGGCGGCCGUGCGGGCUGUCGCGGCGACGGCGCGACCGGCGUCGAACGCCGCCGCGGCGGCCGGGGUGAGCGUGGCGGCGGUGAUCCUCAAGGGGAAUGACACGCCAUUCGGGUCGGUCGGGUGGUGGGCGUACGCCGGCAUCUCCUGCUUCCUGGUGCUCUUCGCCGGGAUCAUGUCGGGGCUCACCCUCGGGCUCAUGUCGCUCGGCCUCGUCGAGCUCGAGAUCCUCCAGCGCAGCGGCACCGACUCCGAGAAGGCGCAGGCUGCUACUAUCCUUCCAGUUGUUCAAAAGCAGCACCAACUUCUUGUCACCCUGCUACUGUGUAAUGCUGUUGCCAUGGAGGCUCUUCCUAUAUUCCUUGACAGGAUUUUUCAUCCUGUUGUUGCUGUUGUCUUGUCAGUGACAUUUGUUCUUGCUUUCGGAGAGGUUAUACCACAAGCAAUCUGUACUAGGUAUGGGUUGGCGGUGGGUGCUAACUUUGUAUGGCUUGUACGUAUCCUCAUGAUCAUGUGCUAUCCUAUUGCAUACCCUAUUGGGAAGCUCCUAGACUGCGCUCUUGGGCAUAAUGAAUCUGCACUCUUUAGGCGAGCUCAACUGAAAGCUCUUGUUUCUAUACACAGCAAAGAGGCUGGUAAGGGUGGGGAGCUUACCCACGAUGAGACUACAAUCAUAAGUGGAGCUUUGGACUUGACUGAAAAGACUGCUCAAGAAGCUAUGACACCUAUCGAAUCAACUUUCUCACUAGACGUGGACUCCAAAUUGGAUUGGGAAGCAAUUGGUAAAAUUCUUGCCCGGGGCCACAGCCGUGUGCCUGUGUACUCAGGAAACCCUAGAAAUGUUAUUGGCCUCCUGUUGGUGAAAAGUCUUCUGACAGUUCGUGCUGAAACAGAGACACCAGUUAGUGCGGUUUCCAUUCGAAGGAUUCCGAGGGUUCCGGCGGACAUGCCUUUGUAUGACAUAUUGAACGAGUUUCAGAAAGGGAGUAGCCAUAUGGCUGCUGUUGUGAAGGCUAGACCAAAGAAUCCUCCAGCCGACACAACUGAACCAAACAUGGAAGCAGCUGGGGCAACACAGCUGACUGCACCCUUACUAUCCAAUGCUGAAGAAAGGGCGGAAAGUGUGGUUGUCGACAUUGAAGCACCACAUAGCAGGCAGACUAAUGGAAACAAACACCACUCCGUGCAGCAAAACGAUAAACCAUCGAAUGGAGUGGGUCGGUCAUCAGAGGACAUAGAGGAAGGCGAGGUCAUUGGUAUCAUCACACUUGAAGAUGUAUUUGAAGAACUCUUGCAGGAAGAGAUAGUGGAUGAAACCGACGAAUAUGUUGAUGUUCAUAAAAGGUAUUGUCUCAUCUUUAGAGGAACUGCUUGCUACAAGCUGCAUUCUUCAACUUCUGCUGAGUAUAUUAUAUGCACAAAAAUGAAUUAUAUUCCUUGCAGGAUCCGGGUAGCUGCUGCUGCUGCCGCGUCAUCAGUUGCAAGGGCUCCAUCAGUUAGAAGAUUAACUGCUCAAAAGGCUUCCGGAACGCAGAGCCGGCAAGGGCAGGCUGGACAGCCUGCUGGAAUUUUGAAGAAGCCUGCUACUGAAGGUGAUUCAAACCCAUCAAAACAGGUGAACCUUGUCGAACCUCUGCUGGAAAAUAGGAGGUAAUUGUAGAUGUAUCACAUAAAUAGAGCGACGGGACGCAUGAAAGCAUGUUGUGAUGUUGCUAUAUCCAGUGAGAGUAAAUACCAGUUUGCUCGCUGUAAAUUUCAACAGUAGCAAUUUGAACCUUGUCAUGAAUGUCACUAUGUCAGCGUUGAGUUUCGUCACUGGGACAGUAGCAACUACUGACAUUUGGGAAUCAUAGACUUGGAACUAGUGCAAAUGAUAAAUUAGAUGUGUCCCGCAGACUUUGUGAA